UUUAGGGAGCGGGUCAGAGUAAAGGGUACGAGUACCACUACUGCUGGAGCUGAAGGCUGUCUAAUUGUUCUGACUCUGUCCAUCUGUCUUCUGUCAGACCUGUCGGAGUCCGUCCUGCAGUCGAUGCAGCGGAGCCGACGCCUCCUGUUCGUCCUCAGUCCUGACUUCCUGGCAGAUAAAAGCUUCAGCCUGUUGGAAUGUCGUCUGGGUCUGUACCUCCAGCAUGGCCACCGGGCCUCCAUCGUCGCUCUUGUGCUCCGCUCAGUGAGCAAGCUGCCCUGUGUGGAGGCGGCUCAGGUACGGCAGGCUGCUGUCAGCACCGUGUCAUGGCGAGGGGCUCGAUCCGAACCUCUCCAGUCUCGGUUCUGGUUGCGUCUAAGGCUGACGUUGCCUGUCAGGCCGCUCGCUUUGGGCAGGAGGCUGAUUGACAGCACGUCAUCUCACUCAGACCUGGCUGCACUGGCACUGCAGAGAGCCCAGCAGAUCCACAUCCAGAGAGACAAAGCCAAUCAGAACCGCAAGAGCAAGCGGGCUUCAGGCAAACUGAAGUGCCAGGACCAGCAGGUCCUACUCAGAGACAGAGACAGGUUAAAGAGGGGGGCCACGGGCAGAAGGGAGGGGCCACAGCACAUCAGGAGCUGCCCAGGAUGCACUGGGUUUGUUGGCCAGGUAGAGCCCAGUGGGGCGGAGCUAACAGUAGAGACGGAGCUACAGCAGGCGAUGGACAGAACCAGGAUUAGGCCAAAAGUGGUUCCAAACACAGAGCCACCCCCCGAGACAGGCACACACUCAGAUCCAGACAUCCUUCACCCCAAUCCUGAUCCGAACAACCCAGGUGAACAGAACCAACAGCAGCAGAUGACUGGUUCCAGGACUGAGUAUAACGGACGUCAGCAGGAAGAGGAAGAGCUCGGUGAUGCAUAGUGAUGCAUGGUGUGCGUUUCUCUUUUAGUUGCUGUACUAUGGACGGUACCACGUCCAUAGUGUAAAUCAAAAAUAAAUGAAAUAAAAUGUGAGGAACAGAGUCUGUGCAGCUGCUGCUUCGUAGCUUAGUCGAGCCAUGUUUAGAGUGUGAUCAAACCAAACUCCAAGUCAUCAUGUAAUUACUUUGUAUGGUAGCUUUAACGGUUGAUGUUAGAGUCUGAGGGAUUCACAGGAAACAGCACAUAACGGUAUCACUGUCAGAUUCACAGUAGGCAACUGAGGAAAGUGGUCAGGAAGCUGUGGAAAGUCACAUACACGGAAGGUGAAACCAAAAAACAUCCAUUCAUGCUGUUUAUUGGUGACAGAGUUUGGGGACUUUCAUGGCAGACGUGAGUCAUGUCGAUGGUUAAUGUCAUCUUUGCAGCUUGUGUGGUUUUUGUGUGGUUUCUGUUUUAGUAAAGAAAACCGCGUCUUGUUGUAAUGAAAUGCUUUAUUUUUAUCUUUAUCUGAAUCUAAACUAAAAUUCUUCUACUUUCCAUAAACAGGUUUUGGUGGACUACAGGAUUUAUUCGGCUUUAUUUAACCUUAAGAUCUAUACAACAUUUAUUUUACGGAGUAACGUUUUAUAUUAACAAUAGAGACUGAAGUUAAAGAAGACAAUAUGUUUCACAUACAUCUGCCUCUGUUUAAUGAAAGAGUUGAACAGAGUGCCAGCUUUCUGUGUCGUUAUUUAUUGUAUUCUAUCAUUUAUAGAAUAAUGUUAAAUAAAAGGUGAACAUGU